CAAAACACUUCCACUGACCCCCGGACAAAAGCAAAAAAGUAUGUACUCGCAAAGGAUGCUUCACAUCCACAAUGCAACCUUUCGCCCAAACUACAACGAGGAAGCCCUAGCAAAGGGCCCAGUCAGCCCCAAAGCCAAACUCAAACAGAUAACAACAGAAGAGAAACCCAAUAUCAUGGAAAAAACUGCAAGACCGGUGAAGGAAAACCUGACAAAUUUGGAACUCACCUUAUUUCAGAUGCAACAACUUUAA